CAACCCUGAGAAAGGAGGAACGGCUGCACUCUUUCUGUGACAUUCCGGAGAAGGUCAUGUUCCAUUUCAGCUGGAGACACAGGACUGACUCACUCUCCUUGUGUUUCUGAAAGAAAUCAUUAAUCUGUUCUAACUUUUUGUGUUCUUAGGGAAGAGUCUGUUUUGUGCUGUGCUCUUUUAGCCAUUCACCUGCUUUGUGUUUCUACAGUGACCAGGAGCAAAGGGAAAAUAUUAGAUCAUGUCCGAGUUUUGGCUAAUUUCUGCCCCGGGAGAUAAAACAAAUCUGCAGGCAUGGGAGAGAAUGAACACGGUGACAUGUAAAUCCAACCUGUCCAGCAACAGCAAAUUCCAUAUUCCAGACUUAAAGGUGGGGACACUGGAUGCUCUUGUUGGUCUGUCAGAUGAGUUGGGAAAACUUGAUAGCUUUGCUGAAAGCGUAAUAAAGAAAAUAGCCCAGUACAUAGGGGAAGUUAUGGAGGACUCAAAAGAUAAAGUCCAGGAAAAUCUUCUGGCCAAUGGAGUUGAUCUAAUUAGCUACCUGACACGGUUUGAGUGGGACAUGGCCAAAUAUCCCAUAAAGCAGCCGCUGAAGAAUAUAUCAGAAGCAUUAGCAAAGCAAGUGACUCAAAUAGAAACAGACCUAAAGACCAGAUCAGCUGCAUACAACAACAUUAAAGGAAAUUUGCAAAGCCUGGAGAAAAAAACUGUGGGAAAUCUGCUGACUCGGACCCUAGCAGACAUUGUGCAUAAAGAAGACUUUGUUCUGGAUUCUGAGUACCUUAUCACGCUGCUGGUGGUGGUGCCAAAGUCAAGCUAUGUCCAGUGGCAGAAGACCUAUGAAUCCCUCUCUGAUAUGGUAGUACCUCGCUCCACCAAAAUGAUUGCUGAGGAUGCAGAGGGGGGACUGUUCACCGUGACCCUAUUUAGAAAAGUGAUGGAUGACUUCAAGGCUAAAGCCAGGGAGAACAGGUUCAUGGUUCGGGAAUUCUAUUUUGAUGAGAAGGAACUGAAAUGUGAAAAGGAAGAGCUGAUGAAAUUAGCUUCUGAUAAGAAACAACAAUAUGGCCCGUUACUGCGGUGGCUGAAAGUGAACUUCAGUGAAGCAUUUGUGGCUUGGAUUCACGUGAAAGCCUUGAGAGUUUUUGUUGAAUCUGUCCUGAGGUAUGGCCUCCCAGUGAAUUUCCAAGCAAUGCUGCUGCAGCCAAAUAGGAAGUCUGUAAAACGCCUGAGAGAGGUCCUAAAUGUGGUCUUCAAGCACCUGGAUGAAGUCGCAGCAGCAAGUAUAAUGGAUCCUGGCAUGGACAUACCUGGUUUACAACUGAGUAAUCAAGAAUACUAUCCUUACGUCUAUUUCAAGAUUGACCUCAGUCUUCUUGACUCCAGUUAA